CAACAAAAUUAACGCGCGCGUGGGACGCGCGCUACAAGCCAAUUUCUAGUAUACAGUAAAACACUCGUACAACUGGCAAUGAAAUUCAAUUGUAAAGAACUUGCUGAAAUUUAUUUUGGACCAGCUGAAUUAGAAGGUCGAUUGCAUCAUAAGAGAUCUCAUAAAUCAGGUUUCAAAGAAAGAUGGUUCAAGUUACGAUAUAACUUUCUUUUUUAUCAUAACACAAACGAAUUUGGACAAGCAGAUGGAAUACAGCCAUCUGGAGUCAUUAUUCUCGAAAAUUGCAAUAUAAAACCAGAUGUAGUCCGUGAAAGUUGCUUUGCAUUUAGUAUUGUUUUCAAUGAUGAACCUCAAAAAUGUCACAUCUUGAGUGGCAGAUCUGAAUCGCAAAUAGAACAGUGGAUGAACGCUAUAAAGCAAGCCAGUUAUGGAUAUUGGCGAUCUCAGUUAAUCGUGUUGCAGCAAAUAUUGUGUAACAAAACCGGAAAAGAUCCUUUACUUAUGUAUCCAAGAAAUAAAGAUUUGCUUAGAGUCGGGACCGAAGUGAUUUGUUCUGGAGAUGUUUGGCAGCAGUAGGGCCCAAAAUCAGCCCUCCUUGAUGUUGGCGAGAUUUGUUCCACCUAGAUGCCGAAAAUUAACCAGUGAAAGAAGCCGUUGAAUCUGAGCUUUCCCUCACUUACGCUGAAUUUUUGCAUCUCUCCUUCUACGCAUCUUCGGUCAGGCCCUUCGAUCCGCCUACGUCCUCUCCUCUAUGACUAUGGUUCAAGAAAAUACUGCUUCCGACGCGCACGCCAACUUGUGUAGAAUUUCACAAGCAUUUCAUUCAUUAUUUAUAAAAGUUGAAUAGAAAAUUGUAUAAAAUAAUCUAUGUUAUAGUUUUAAUGCUUGUGAAAUUCACUACAAACUCAUAGAGACAACAUCAAUAGAGCUCUUAUGCGCAUUAGUUUAAGAAAAUAUAAUAAAUAAACGAAUUUACUAUUGAAACAUAUACAUUUAUUUUUUAACAUCUUUAAUAUUUAUAUUCCAACUUCUUUCUUUAUAUUUAAAAUUUAUGGAAUUUGCAAUGCAUCGACAUAACAACCGUAGCUUCACACCGACCGACUGUUAUAACUUUGCAAAAUGAUAUAUUUUAUUGUAAUAAUCGUAGCUUUACACCGACCGAUUAUCGCAAUUUUGUUAUGUAUGAUAAAAAUAAAAUAAACAAAUAGACACUCAA